AUGAGUGAUCUUUGGUCGUUGUUCGCCGUUUUUUGCCUUUUUAUAGGCGGGCUGAACGGCUCUCAAAGACGUAAAUCAAGAUCCCUUUGUCAUCUUAACAGUGCGGAGUCUUUUUACGACUUCACUGCCAAAGAUCUGAAUGGGAAAAAUGUCUCUAUGAGCGAAUUUCACGGACAUGUUGUGCUGGCUGUGAAUGUCGCUACCUUUUGAGGUUACACUUUACAAUAUUAUCAACUGAAUGCAUUACAAAAAAAACUCUGGAGAUCAGAAGAUGGAAUCCCAAAUGCAUGUGGACUUCGAAUUGUUGGUUUUCCAUGUAACCAGUUUGGUUUCCAAGAGCCAGCCGAAAAUUCAUACGAGCUCAUGAACGGAUUGAAAUAUGUUCGGCCAGGACACGGUUUCGUUCCCAAUUUCCCAUUGUUCGAGAAAAGAGACGUGAAUGGCAAGAAAGAAGACAAAAUUUAUAGUUUUUUUAAGGUGAGUUCGUAUGAGCUAUAUUUCUUUUAGUCUUAUAAAGGUUUAAUUCCAUCAAUGAUCAAGGAACAUUGUUGUAAGGCGAUGAAAUGUUAUACAUUCAUGGCCUCUAAAGAGAACAGCAUUAUUUUGCAUGAUUGAUAACCCUAGUAUGAACAGAUGAUGAAGUGAUAAAAUCAGGUCUGAGAAAUUGGCGCACGAAAAUUUUGUUUAGGGAAGCACUUGUCACACUACACACAACACACACUGAGGAAAAAGCUAAAUCACAAUAUGAGUUACGAACUGAUCAUUUCAAAACCAAAGUUAACCGACCUAUUUUCGUGAAUAUUUCAUUAUGAAAGGCGUAAUCAUUCAAAUGGAAACAGACGCCUUAAAUCUAAAUAAAAUUCAUGCAGAAAGCACGCGUAGUAUUAUAUAUCUUCGACUCUAGGAAUACGAUAUUUUCUUCACCAAUGAUAGCUAUAGGAAAGGAAACGUACGCUGCUUGGUUUUUGAGUUCAUCACAAACGUGCGAUUCGUUCUAGGAUUAUUUUCGUUCAUGAGGUUUUCGGAAUAUAUUCAGCGACGCUAUCGAUAUCUAUUCAAUCUUUGUUGUUAGUUUGGUAUUAGAGUAUGUCGUCCGUCACAGUUUAUAGAGUGAAAGGCGUAUAUAUAUUUCCCUUUCCACUCGAUAUUUGUUUUCAGCGUUAGGACAGUGAGCAAGUCAAUGCCCAGAUGCAAAGGUUCCUAUUAUUUUUAUCAUAUUUUAAAAUUAUCAUCAGCAUUUUUUGCCAAGCGCUCAUUUAAAAACGCUCGUUGCCGCCUCUGUAAGCACCCUUAAAAGUAAUGAAAAAAAAAAUCAUCUGAGCACGGCGCUGAAAAACAUAAAUAAAGAUGUUGUCAGGAGGCUUCUUUUUAUUAAAAGAAAUCUUAAAUCCCAAAAUAAAAUAAAAAAGCAAGACUCGCGAGAAGGGCAAAUGCUCAUUAGUCCCAUUCACAGUGAUGACUUUGCUUGCAUUCCAAUUUUUGUUGAGUUCCGAGCAGUCACAGGGAAUCCACCAACACAAAGCCAAAGUAAUGAACCAAGGUCACAUUCAGGGAAAACGAGAAGAAAACAUGAGUUUUUUUUAUUAAAAAAACAAAUAAAGAAACAGAUAGUGUAAGGAGACAUUCCGUCUGGAGGUCGUUUCCCCGACAACCGCAGCCGUCGUUUGUUGUUCACUUACUGUUCGGCUGGUCUUCACUGACUGAGAGCCUUGAACAAGCCACAGAUAUGUUUCAAUUCAUUUCUGCAAGAUCAUUGAAUUAUUUGUAUCAUUUUUUCUCUUCAGUCCCGUUGUCCCGCCCCAGACGGGUUCAUAGAUGACCUGAGUAACAUCCGCUGGUCACCUGUUCGGAACAAUGACAUCAACUGGAAUUUUGAAAAGAUAUUAAUAGAUCACGAUGGCCAGCCAUUUGCCCGGUACACUGCACCUUAUGAACCAAACGCCAUGUUCGAUGAUAUCCAAACGUUGAUGUUAACUUGCCAAGAACAGAGAAGACGCAUAUAUCAUCCGUAA